UAUCGAACCAGUAGCAAGCGGUAGUAAGCCCCAAAAAAGGCCACGAGGGAAACGCGCUGGCCGAAACGUUCAGGAGAGGGCGGAAGCUCGUGCUGCUUCCGGGCAAGGUCCACACCUACCCAAGGGCAGCAAAAGAGCUCGCCCGGAUGACACUCUGUCACCCCGCGAGGACGUUAAACGUACGCGAACGAACCCGCGGCCCACUCCCAAAAAGGGCUCCGUAAAUUACGCCGACAUGUGUAAAUCUAACGAUUUACUAGUCGCGAUCAUGCAUGAGCCCUUCAGGGACAUAAAAGCCGAGCAAGCCCAGGCGAUACAGUCGGCAAUAGAGGGUGCGAUAGACGCAGAAGUCUGCGCCGCCACCUCUUCCACUGAUCCCUUCAGGCUGCCCAGCUUCAGAGGCAGAGCCAACCAUGGUGAGGGUACUCUCAAGCUUUGGUGCGAGGACACUUACACCGUGGAAUGGCUUAAGAAGACUGUCUCCAAGAUGACUUCACCACUUCCACACACCAGACUCGUGGUCAAACGCCAAGCCGACAUCCCUAGGAAAGUCAAGGCGACCAUGAUCAUCCCGAGGUUUUCCAAGGACGAAAAUCUUAGCAUGCUGCAGACCAGAUUCGCCGGGCAGAAUCCGUGGUACAACGUCCGCACUUGGAGCUUGUACCACAUCCCAGAACCGGACGAAAGUGGUAGGGUGCGCAUAGUCCUUGGGAUACCUGAGGCAGAUGUAGCUGAGCUCAAGAAGCGAGAUCGCAGGGUCUCGUACAAAUGCGGCUCAGUGUACGUAAAUUUCCCCGAAGAGGAGGGUAAAGGCAGCGAAGCACCGAAACCAAACCCGGACGUGGCAGCGCAGCCGAAAAUACCAACCUCGACCGCUCCUGAGGCGGCGCCCGACAACCGCAUGGAUGUCGUGCCGGAAGGAGGGCAGCAGCCCUCAGGUGCAGCCCCUGAUGCUACACAUCAGAAGAGGACCGAUGGUGUCUCUAUGACCGCCACUUGUAAAGAGGUUCGGACUCCCAUAGAGACCAAAUCGCGCUCCAUAGACUGGUGGCAGCAAGGGGCCGGGGAAGUGGAUCAGACAAAGGAGUUGGAGGACAGUCUACUGCACAGCGAUGGCAGCCCAGACCGAUCCACCUCAACUCCUUAAAGUCAUACAAAUCAACCUCCAGCACAGCUACACCGCGACGGCUAACCUGCGACGUUUGCUGGAGGGAAACACCGAGACCAUAGCCCUAAUCCAGGAGCCGUGGAUUAGGAAAGGCAAUAUAUGUGGUCUCAACAACAUCGGAGGCAAACUUUUUACUGCUACCGAAGAGAUCUAACCGCUGUGAAGCUCCAGGCAGAUGACCGCCUAGGCCUAUCAGACGUGGUCGUAGCGUCGGUCUAUUUGCCGGGGGAAGAGGAGGUACCAACACCGGAGCUCACCGCGCUAGUCAGCUACUGCGAGACAGAGAGGCUGGAACUAAUCAUCUCCGCUGACUCCAACGCACAUCACACCAUCUGGGGCAGCCAAAAGACCAAUAAAAGAGGUGAGGACUUACUUACGUACCUUUUCUCAACUAACCUUAAUAUACUUAACAGGGGCUCCGAGCCUACCUACGUUACGGCGCGAGCCCAAACUAUAAUCGACCUAACACUGGCAACCGACCAUGUCUCUUCUCUCGUCAAUGACUGGCACGUGUCAGACGAACCUUCAUGCUCGGAUCACAGAUGGAUUAGGUUCAACCUUCGCUUAAACACCAAACCUGCCCUGCCAAGGCGGAACCCGCGCAAAACGGACCGCACCAAAUACGACAGAUUGGUGAGAAAUGAGCUUAUGGCCAUUUCCCUACCAGACGAUUAUAACGGUACCGCAGGUAUAGAAACUCAUGUAACUAACAUAACUCAAACACUUAUCAACAGCUAUGAACAGACGUGUCCUCUUACUUCGACAAAGCCCAACUCAAUCGACAAAAGUGUGUGGUGGGGUCCAGAGUUAGACAGGCUGCGCUGCAAAGUAAGGAAGCUGUUCAACAGAGCCAAAAAUACUCGGGCACCAGACGACUGGGAUGCAUAUAAACAGGCCCAAUAUCGUUUCAAGAGGCGCAUCCGCGAAAGGAAGAGAGAAAGCUGGAGACGCUUCUGUACUAACAUUGAAUCCACAAACCAAGCGGCUAAAGUAAAAAACAUCCUUUCACGCGACCCAGAGCGUAAUCUGGGUUGCUUGAAAAAAUCUGACGGCACAUACACCAAAUCCGACCCCGAGACCUGCGAACUACUCCUGCAAACUCACUUCCCUGGAUGCCGCAUCACAAACAACCAGACGUGGGAGGAAGUGGCAUCGCAGAGCAACACACCGGAUCAAACGGAUUGGACCACAGCUCACAGGGUGGUAGACAAAGACAAGGUAAUGUGGGCAAUUAACAGCUUUCUUCCAUUUAAAUCAGGAGGCCUGGACGGGAUCUUCCCAGGACUGCUACAAUGGAGCGGUAUGGGGCCGCUAGUAGCGCAUUUAACUGCAAUCUAUAGGGCAUGCCUGGCCUACAAAUACAUACCGCUCCAGUGGAGGGAGGUAAAAGUGGUAUUUAUCCCUAAGCCCGGCAAAAGUGAUUACACAAAUCCCAAAUCGUACAGGCCAAUCAGUCUCACAUCAUUUUUGUUGAAGACUCUAGAGAGACUCUGCGAUAGGGAUAUUAGGGAAAAUGCCCUCAUACAAAAACCGCUACAUGACAACCAACACGCCUAUACUCAGGGCAGAUCAACCGAAUCCGCACUCUAUUGCGUAACAUCUCUCGCAUUGAAAGGAUUAUCACGUAAACAAUCAACCUUAGGUGCUUUUAUUGAUAUCGAAGGCGCCUUCGACAAAACCCCUUUCACUAGCAUAGGCCGAGCGCUAGCCGCUCAUGAUGUAGAUCCUACAAUUGCCGGGUGGAUAGACAGCAUGUUGAGGCAUAGGGCGAUACGAUUUACUGUGAACACCAGUACUAGAUGUGUGGUGGCAACGGGCUGCCCACAAGGAGGGGUACUCUCGCCGCUACUCUGGAACCUUGUGGUAGAUGAGCUCAUCACAAGGCUAAACAAAAAGAAACUGUACACAGUGGGCUAUGCUGACGACCUCGCCAUUCUAAUAACAGGACCAGUCGAGAACGUCUUAUGUAGCCUCAUGAGAUCUGCUUUUAAGAUUUUGGAAGAAUGGUGCGCGCAACACAAACUCACAGCUAAUCCGUCAAAGACGGAACUAAUACUAUUCACUAACAAACGCAGCCUUGGUAAUCUAACAUUACCAAAGCUGUUCAACACCGAACUAAGCCUUACUAAAGAAGUUAAAUACCUGGGGGUUAUACUGGAUAGUAAGUUGCUUUGGAACAAACACCUUGAAAACAAGCUGGAAAAAGCAUGCAUCAUCUUUUGGCAGUGCAGAAGACUCAUAGGCAGAACCUGGGGUCUUGCUCCAAAGAUAAGCAGAUGGCUCUAUACAGCAGUCAUCAGACCAAUUAUCUCCUACGGAGCAAUAGCGUGGUGGCCCAGGACAGAGCUUGUGACAGUGCAAACCAAGCUGCAGCGUUUCCAGCGGCUGGCCUGCACAGCCAUAACAGGAUGCAUGCGCACCACGCCUUCCUCGGCCCUUGAAACUAUUCUAGGGCUAACACCACUCGACAUACACUUUCAACAAGAAGCGACAAUGGCGACUCUACGUCUAAAGCUGUUGGGUGUAUGGAAGAAUGAAGACGGCCUAACAGAUAAGCUCUGGAAUAGGGUAACAAAGGAUUAUCCACUCUGUGAGGCACCAUGUGAUAAGAUAACUAAAACAAAUACCUUCCAUAAAAACUAUCACAUACAG